GGCAGUAUUUCCGGCAGUGUUUGACAGGCGGGCGCGGAGUUUGUAAACAGUUAGCCUGUCACUGUUUCUGCUCUUUAAAAGUUUUUAUUCUGCAGGUUUUUUACAGAUUAUCGUCAUUGUUGUUUUCAUUACUCGGUUUUAUUGUUUAGGAGUGACGUCAGAGAGCAGGUGAACUCUUUUUAGCUCUUUUUGUUUCUGUGUUUGGAGUCAUGGCUUCUGUUAGCUAGGUUAGUUACCAUGCUAACACCGCAGAGUCUGCGUCAGGUGAGAGGAGCGGACAGGUAUGUUACAGCACCUCCUCUGGAGGUCUUUGCUUAGAUCUGGACUACAGCAGCCAUCCGUCCUACGGAGGGUUUUCAGCGGGUGUUUGGACUCAGCUCGGCCGGCCGACAUGAACCGGAACCGGGUUCAGAUCCGGAAAGUUCUGUGUGUGGCCGAGAAGAACGAUGCUGCUAAGAGCAUCUCCGAGAUCCUGUCCGGGGGGAGGGCCAGGAGGAGAGAAGGGAUGUCCAAGUUUAAUAAAAUCUAUGAGUAUGAGUAUCAUCUCCUUGGUCAGGACGUGACCAUAACCAUGACGUCGGUCUCUGGACAUUUACUGGGCCUGGAGUUCAAAGCACAGUUUCAGAAAUGGCACAGCUGUAACCCUGUGCUGCUGUUUGAUGCCGAGGUGGAGAAAUACUGUCCAGAGAACAUGAUUCAAAUCAAGCGUACUCUGGAGAAAGAAGUGAGGCAGUGUCAGGCUUUAGUCAUCUGGACCGACUGUGACAGAGAGGGAGAAAACAUCGGCUUUGAAGUCAUCAACGUCUGCAGAGCAGUGAAGCCGAACCUUCGCGUCUUUCGGGCAAAGUUUUCUGAGAUCACUCAGCAGUCGAUUCGUCGAGCCUGUGAGAGUCUGACGGAGCCCGACGUGAACGUCAGCGAUGCGGUUGAUGUUCGCCAGGAGCUCGACCUUCGGAUAGGUGCGUCUUUCACUCGAUUCCAGACGCUUCGUCUGCAGAAGAUCUUUCCAGAAUCUCUGUCCAAUCAGCUGAUCUCAUACGGCAGCUGUCAGUUUCCCACGCUGGGUUUCGUGGUGGAGCGAUUCAAAGCCAUCCAGGCGUUUCUACCUGAAACUUUCUACAAGAUCAAAGUGAUCCAUGAGGUGGAGGAGGACGUGGUGGAGUUUACCUGGAAGAGAAACCGUCUGUUCCAUCACACAGCGUGCCUCGUGCUCUACCAGAUCUGCAUGGAGGAUCCCAUGGCAACCGUCACCUCGGUAACCAGCAAACCGAAGAGCAAGUGGAGACCUGUACCUCUGGACACGGUGGAGUUGGAGAAACUCGCCUCUCGGAAGUUAAGAAUAAACGCUAAAGAAACGAUGAAAAUAGCAGAAAAACUCUACACGCAGGGGUUCAUCAGCUACCCCCGCACAGAGACCAAUAUGUUCCCCCCUAACCUGCCGCUGCGCCCCCUAGUGGAGCAGCAGACUCACAGUCUGGCAUGGGGGACGUUUGCUCAACGUGUCCUCGAUCAGCUAGAAGGUCCAAACCCCCGACAGGGCAAGAAAUCUGACCAGGCCCAUCCCCCCAUUCACCCCACCAAGUACAGCAGCUCUCUGCAGGGAAACGAAGGUCGUCUGUACGAGUUCAUCGUCAGACACUUCCUGGCCUGUGUUUCCCAGGAUGCUUUGGGGCAGGAGACGGUCGUAGACAUUGACAUCGCUCAGGAGAAGUUCUCCACCUCAGGACUCAUGAUCAUUGAGAGGAACUACCUGGAUGUUUACCCGUACGACAGGUGGAGCACCAAGUUGAUCCCGGUGUAUGAGCAGGGCUCUCAGUUUCAGCCGUCUUCGAUCGAGAUGUUGGACGGUCAGACGAGUCCUCCUCAGCUGCUGACUGAAGCCGACCUCAUCUCACUGAUGGAGAAACACGGCAUCGGCACAGAUGCGACACAUGCAGACCACAUUGAGACAAUAAAGAGUCGGAUGUACGUCGGUCUGACCGCUGAUCAGAGGUUUCUACCAGGAGAGCUUGGCAUGGGACUGGUGGAGGGGUAUAACUCAAUGGGUUAUGAGAUGUCUAAACCAAACCUGCGAGCUGAGUUGGAGGCGGAUCUGAAGCUGGUUUCUGAGGGCAGGAAGGACAAACUGAGCGUGCUUCAACAUUACAUCCUGAAAUAUAAAACCGUUUUCAUGGAGUCGGCGAGGAAAGCAAAGAAGUUGGAUGAUGCUCUGGAGCCGUAUCUGGGAGCAGCUCAGGUGAUCCCUGAGGCAGAACAGCAGGAGCUGGAGAUCCCUCAGCCAGUCAGAAAGUGUCCUCAGUGUGGGCGGGACAUGGUGCUGAAGAAGAAGAGGGAGGGGAACAGUAAAUUCCUGACCUGCGUUGGUUACCCUGCGUGUAAAUCAGCCGUGUGGUUUCCUGACUCCGUCCUAGAGGUCAGCAGAGACGAUGGCGUGUGUCAGAGCUGUCAGCCACGCCCCAUUCACAUGUUGAAGUUCAAGUUUCGCAGAGGCAGCCUCCCUCCCAUCAUGCCGCUGGAGUUUGUGGGCUGCAUCGGAGGCUGUGACGAGACGCUCAGAGAAGUUCUGGACCUGAAAUACCUCAGAGGAGGGGGGGGCGGGGCAGAGGACCACUUUCCCCCUGCUCCAAGGCCCCCCAGACCAAAACCACCCAGGACGUCAAACCCUCGACCCUCCCUCCCUCCUGUCCCCUCCUGGACCCUGCAGCAGAGGCUUCCACCAGGGGGCAGCGUGGGCACGGACACCAGCAGUGAUGUCAUCAUGUGUAACUGUGGGCAGACCGCUCUCCUCCUCACCGUGCGUAAAGAGGGUCCAAACCACGGCCGCAAGUUCUACAAGUGCAGCGCCAACAGCUGCAGCUUCUUCCUGUGGGCGGACCAGCCAAGCCAGCAGGGGGCACAACAGAGCAGAGGGCCUCCUCUGCAGACACCACAGCCUCCAAGGCCCUCUCUGGGGUUCAGGAACAGUCCUGCAGGAGGAGGCGGCAGGGGGGAGGAGGGGGAGGAAGCAGGUCAGACAAUGUGUAACUGUAACGAGGCGGCGGUGACCAAGACGGUGCAGAAAGACGGACCGAAUAAAGGACGAACGUUUCACACCUGCAACAAACCUCGAGAACAACAGUGUGGGUUCUUCCUGUGGGCUGACGAGAACAUGCCGCUGCCAGGAGGACUCGGAGGAUUUCAUGGAGACAGAGAGAAGAAGGCGAGGAAGAUAACGGCAGAUAACUCUGCUAACAAACCUCCAGCUGCUAAGAAAGCUCGUACCUGUGGAAUCUGCAGCAUGCCGGGCCACACCCGAGUCACCUGUCCUCAGAGGUGACGGCUGCUGUGACAUGAGGUGACAACUGAUGUGUUUUUACGUCACAGGAAACAGGAAACAGUCACUGCAAUUCUGAGAACGGUUUUACAUAGAAAUAACGUCGGAGAGCUGGCGGAGCUCAAACUAAGAUUUAACCCUCUGUGUUCAGGCCUCAUCACCACCUGUUUGGAGCUCCCCCUGCUGACCGGCUGCGGUACAGCUCAUAGUCCUCCAUGUUAACAGAUGGGACACAUCAUGAUAAUCUCACGUCAUUUUGGGUUUCAUUCAUCUCUUUUUUCUGACAAGUUUAGUUUGAAUCAGUUAUUUUAAAAGAGGAGUAUGACACCAUGAUGGACAGCUGGGUUGACCAAUGAGGCGCCUGCGUUGCUGUGUGAUGGUCAGAGUAGAGGAGAAACGUCACAUCGUUGAACUUUCCAUCACUGUGAGCAUCAGCUUCAAACAGACACAAGAAUCUGUCACCUGAGCGACCUCUGACCUUUUAACAGGAAGGUUGACCUGAGCGACCUCUGACCUUUAAUGGACCCUCAUGUUACAACAUUUGAGCGUUGUCAUGGAGAUAUAGUGUAUUCAUCGUGGUCAGGAGGAGGCGGAGUCACGCUGUGAGAUCACAAACUCUUCAGCUGAUUGUUUGAUGUGUUUUUUUAUCUGUGUCUUCUUCGUGGUUACUGAAUAAACUCAAAGCAUUUUAAAGGAUUUCAA